AUCAAUACAUGCGUCUAGAGGUUUAUCAGUCGACGAUAGUGUUGAUCACAGUACAACCAUGUUUAUUCUAAUACAAACUGUGAUUAUUGCCGUGAGCAUAUCCCUGAGUCGGGGACAAACAUCGACCGCAGAGUGCGGAUGUUCCCUGGAGACGAGGUUUCUGGCGAUCAUAUCUGGUGAGUACAGUAAUGCCGGGGACAUCGGACGUGAGAGCACCACUGCUGCACAAGAUGAGCUCAAGGUCACUCUACAGGAAGUCUUCGUCCCAGCGUUCCUGCCGAACAGGGUGCUCUACUUUGAAGAAAAAGUCAACUCAGAGAUAUUAAGACAAGAGAUUCUGGUGAUUAGUGUAACAGAUGAAAGCUUCGUCAAGAUGGUGUCUUACAACUUCACCCUGUCUAGUGGGUCUGAAAACUUCAAUGUGUCCCUCCUGAAUGAUCUGCCUCUAUCUGCCUUCUACUCGCGCCCUGAGUGUGUGUCCAUAUACCGACCUAUGGAGUACAACAUCUUCAUUGGGACCUAUCCUGACUGUACAGGGCACUUUAAUGGGGAAGUUGCAUCGUAUACAAUUAUGCAGAGCUGUAACUCUAUCGCCUUGGUUUCAAGCUUUAAUAUUUUCCCUGAAGCUUCCAGCGCUGUCCCUUACUCUAUUUGGAAAAUAAACAGCUAUCCACUGCUGAACUACGGAACCUGUGGAGAAACCAUAUUCGAUGAUAUCUGUACCUGCUGAUCUGCCUUCUGUGGCCGCGUUUACCCGAUGCGUUCAGCAUUAGCAUAAGAUACAAUCAUUUAGACAAGAAUUCCCCGUUGUGUGCAUGUGUGCUUAACUCUAGAGCAUUCGUUUCUUUUAAAAAUGUGUUCUGGAUUAUAUAAAUACUGUAAAAUUAAUGUUUAUUAUGAGUUAUUAAAUAAGAAACUAAAAAUAAAAUAACUGUAUAACUUUUAUCGAUUCGGGAAAAAUAAAUAAAUAAAAAUGUAUUUCUUUAGCUACGAUAAAAAUGCCUUAGUUGUUUUUAUAAUGCAUUACAAUUUUCAUUAUACGUUCUCUUUUUAGGUUUCGUCUCGGCCAAGUUACAUUUUUAAUUCUCCAAACUUAACUAGCCUGAACGAUCUAAUGGGUGAUGUUUCCCACAGUAGUUUCCCCUUAUAUACAUGUUUUUGUUAGUGAGCUGUGUUUAUUGUCGAAUUUAAAUCGAAAUUAUUACCAUUUUAUUGGCAAUUUUAGAGGCAACUAAACACAAUGGUCGAAAUGCAUCACUCGAAUAGAGUAAAAAACUGAGUAACAGCUGUCUCUACAAAAUCCUAAACAAUAAAUAAACCUUGACGUUACACAAA